GGGUGUCGAAGGGACACCGAGAAGCAACGUCUUGUGUUUUAACUGUAAAAGCUUCCAUCGGCGGCUCGCUUCCUCUCUCCUUCGAUCUCUCUCUAAGGCGAAUGGCGCAGCUGUCAGAGACGUACGCGUGCGUGCCGGCGACCGAGCGCGGCCGGGGGAUACUCAUAGCCGGCGACGCGCGGUCGGACUCGAUCGCGUACUGCAACGGGCGGUCGGUGAUCAUCCGGAGGCUGGACGCGCCGCUGGAAGCAACGAUCUACGGGGAGCACGCAUACCAGGUGACGGUGGCGCGGUUCUCGCCCAACGGCGAGUGGGUCGCCUCCGCCGACGUCUCUGGGACAGUCCGGAUCUGGGGGAGGCACGGCGACCGCGCCCUCAAGAACGAGUUCCGCGUCCUCUCCGGCCGCGUUGACGACCUCCAGUGGUCGCCCGAUGGCCUCCGCAUCGUCGCCUGCGGGGACGGCAAGGGCAAGUCCUUCGUACGGGCAUUCAUGUGGGAUUCAGGUACUAAUGUUGGGGAGUUUGAUGGACAUUCUAGAAGGGUAUUAAGUUGUGCAUUUAAGCCAACCAGACCAUUCCGCAUUGUCACAUGCGGUGAAGAUUUCUUGGUGAACUUUUAUGAAGGGCCACCUUUUAAAUUCAAGCUCUCCCAGAGGGAACACUCAAACUUUGUUAAUUGUGCACGGUUUUCUCCUGAUGGGAGUAAGUUCAUAACUGUGAGCUCAGACAAGAAGGGUAUAUUAUACGAUGGAAAGACUGGAGAAAAGAUUGGGGAAUUAUCUAUACAAGAUGGUCACAAGGGUAGCAUAUAUGCUGUAAGCUGGAGUCCUGAUAGCAAACAAGUUCUCACAGUAUCUGCUGAUAAAACGGCAAAAGUAUGGGACAUUAUGGAGGAUGGAUGUGGGAAACUAAGGAGAACAUUGGCUAGUCCUGGCUCUGGGGGAGUGGAUGAUAUGCUUGUCGGUUGUCUGUGGCAAAAUGAUCAUCUUGUCACAGUUUCUCUUGGUGGAACAAUGACAAUUUUCUCAGCAAGUGAUCCAGACAAGUCACCGGUAUCAUUUUCUGGACACAUGAAAAGCAUCACCUCUUUGGUUUUUCUUCAAAGUGGUCAGAAUGUCAUUUUGUCUAGCAGUUAUGAUGGAAUUAUUACAAGAUGGAUACGAGGCAUUGGUUAUGCUGGUAAGUUGGUUAGAAAGGAUAGUACCCAAAUUAAAUGUUUUGCUGCAGCUGAAGAAGAAAUCAUUACUUCAGGGUUUGACAAUAAGGUUUGGAGAGUUCCUGUUAACGGGGAUCAAUGUGGGGAUUCACAGCCAGUUGAUGUUGGGUCUCAGCCGAUGGGUUUAACUGUUGCAGCUCAGACCCCUGAACUAGCUAUUGUUUCUACUGAUUCAGGAGUUGUCUUGCUGCAAGGUCCAAAAGUAGUUUCACAGAUAAAACUAGGAUAUGCUGUAACAACAUCUGCAAUUUCCCCUGACGGAAAUGAGGUCAUCGUGGGUGGUCAAGAUGGGAAACUGCACAUUUAUAGUGUUAAUGGAGACACCCUUACAGAGGAAGCAAUCCUUGAGAAACAUCGAGGAACUAUUACUGCUAUAUGUUUCUCCCCCGAUGCUUCCAUGUUUGCUUCAGCAGAUGCCAAUCGAGAAGCUGUUGUGUGGGAUCGGAUAUCUCGGGAGGUGAAGCUAAAGAACAUGCUGUACCAUACUGCCCGCAUAAAUUGCCUGGCCUGGUCUCCUGAUAGCCACUUGAUUGCCACUGGCUCACUGGACACUAGUGUUAUAGUCUAUGAGGUAGAUAAGCCUGCGUCCAGCCGGAUCACAAUUAAGGGGGCUCACUUGGGAGGGGUGUAUGGAUUAGCUUUCAUUGACGAAAACAGUUUGGUUAGUGCAGGAGAAGAUGCAUGCGUCCGUGUUUGGAAAUUAUUACCACAGUGACAAGGGUUGACCCAUGGAAAUUUAUGCCACUGGUGGCAGAGUGAUCAAGUUUUCUUGUGUUGCAGUUUGCUCAACCAUUAUGCAAUUGGCUUGUGCGUGUGUGUAAUCACUUUCCACAACAGUUACCACCAUUUUGGUGAAGCCAGUGCCUAUUUGCAUCGGAACAUAAUAUUGCAGAAGACCGAUGAAUUUGAUUUAUGGAGUCAAAAGUGCAGAAGACUUUGAGAGAUGCAACCUUUGGUGGCGGCUUUUUUUGGGUUCGUUUCUAUUAUUUCCCUCCAAGUGAAAGCAAAGUAGGAUUACAAGAUGGGGACUGGUGAACCCAUAUAGGUGCAGUUAAGGUGUUGAAUUCAUGUUUGGACCAGCCAUCGUCAUUUCAAGUUGUGAUGGACAUGUUUGCCUGCGAAAAACUGGUUUGAGUGUGCAAUUUCAUUGUCUUUUUUGCUUGGGUUUA